AUGGCAGAAAUUCUAGCAAUCCGAUGGUGCUUGAACCUGGCCAAAUACAAGAACAUUGACACGAAUUUGCUACAGUCUGAUUGCUUACAUGCAGUUCACUGUAUAAAUCACAUUUCAAACAAUGUUGUAUUAGAAUCAAUUGCAGAGGCCUGUAGGAUCUUAUGUAAAAGUUUUAAUUGUGCUUCUGUUGUUUUUAUUCCUAGAACUCAAAACGUUAUUGCUCAUAACCUUGCUAGGUGUGGGUAUAGGGAAGUCAAGCUUCUCCGCAAAGAUCAAGGGGUUGUAUGGACUGAAGAUUGCCAGAAAGCGUUCGACAGUAUCAAAGAGUACUUGUUAGAACCACCAAUAUUGAUUCCUCCGGUUGAAGGAAGACCACUAAUCAUGUACCUUACCGUGUUGGAAGAAUCCAUGGGCUGUAUGCUUGGACAGCAAGAUGAAACCGGUAAGAAGGAGCAUGCCAUAUAUUACCUGAGUAAGAAAUUCACAGACUGUGAGUCUCGUUACUCCAUGCUCGAAAAAACAUGUUGUGCUUUGGCUUGGGCUUCAAAACGUCUACGCCAAUACAUGAUCAACAAUACAACUUGGUUAAUCUCCAAAAUGGAUCCGAUCAAGUAUGUCUUUGAAAAGCCUGCCUUAACAGGAAGGAUUGCCCGAUGGCAAAUGCUGUUAUCCGAAUAUGACAUUGAAUACCGUGCUCAAAAAGCGGUCAAAGGAAGCAUUCUCGCCGAUCAUUUGGCGCAUCAACCAAUUAAUGAAUAUCAAUCUCUCAAGUUUGACUUUCCUGAUGAAGAUGUCUUGUACUUGAAGAUGAAAGAUUGUGACGAACCGUUACCUGAAGAAGGUCCUGAACCCGGAUCAAGAUGGGGCCUAAUUUUUGAUGGAGCAGUAAACGCUUUUGGCAAUGGAAUUGGGGCAAUCAUCAUCACUCCCAAGGGUACUCAUAUCCCGUUCUCCGCCAGAUUGCUAUUUGAGUGCACCAACAACAUCGCAGAAUAUGAAGCUUGUAUCAUGGGUCUCGAAGAAGCCAUUGACUUAAGGAUCAAGAUCCUCGACAUAUAUGGAGAUUCAGCCCUCGUGAUCAACCAAAUCAAAGACAAGUGGGAAACUUAUCACCCUGGCUUGAUUCCUUAUAGAGAUUAUGCAAGACGUCUGUUGACUUUCUUCAACAAGGUUGAAUUGCAUCAUAUACCUCGAGAUCAGAAUCGAAUGGCAGACGCCUUGGCUACUUUAUCUUCCAUGUUCAAAGUCAAUCAUUGGAACGAUAUGCCUACAGUCAGAAUUACGCGUCUUGAAAGGCCCGCCUAUGUGUUUGCAACUGAAGCAGUCAUCGAUGAUAAACCGUGGUUCCACGAUAUCAAACGCUUCCUUCAAACUCAAGAGUACCCGCUUGGGGCAUCAAACAAAGACAAGAAGACUCUAAGGAGACUUUCUGGCAGUUUCUUCCUGAACGGAGACGUGCUAUACAAAAGAAAUUUCGACAUGGUUUUGCUCAGAUGCGUGGACAGACACGAAGCAGACAUGUUAAUGCAUGAAGUGCAUGAAGGGUCCUUUGGAACUCAUUCAAAUGGGCAUGCAAAUAUGUUUAUCCAUUUUGAUGCAAAUUUUGGACUGUUGUUGCAGCAAGUUGGUGGGGCAGAAGUGGUGGAGCAGAAGCGUGGCAAGACUUGGCUGCAACGUUUUGACUUCUUCUUCUUUUUUUUAUUAUUAUCUUUACUUGUGGUGUAA